UAGAGGGGUUUGGGUAUCCCAUCUCUUGGGGGCUUUCUGGUCUUGUGCUGUGGGUGUCAGCCAGCUCUUGAACAGAUGCCCUAAGGAUUCCACAGGGCUAACUGUACACAACUGGACCCAUUCUUCUGGGGUCUAAUUUUGGCGUGGGGCUAGAUUCAUGAAGCUGAGCUGAAGCCAAUUCAUGGCAGAGGAUAGGUCCUAGGUUACCCAGGCACGCACUGGCACAUGAACCUGCUCCUCCUCUGCCCACAGCCUCAGCCAGCCUUUCACCAAGAUCCCUUUCCUAAGGAGGCCACUCCCAUUUGCCCCUCUAAGGGGCAUAGUUCUGUUUGCUGAGGAAGAGUUGGUGUCCCAGUAGGUCUCAGGGCCUCUAGGGCCUCUAGAGGCUCGGCCCAGACAGUAUUUGCAGUUCUUUUGCUAUGGGGUGGGAGUUUCCCUCUAGUUUGGCAGCUGUGCUGCCUCAGGAUGGGCUGCUCCUUCCAGGGCUCAAGGGCUGUGGUCCGCUCAGGUUCUCACACUUCCCCAGGCCAAGCUUAAGGCAACAGCCUUCUGAGGCAUUCCAGGCCCUGGGCCUGGAGGGAGACCUUUAAGCUUGUCUGCUUAUAGGGACAUUGGGCCCUGGGUGCAGGUGCCCAGAUUCUGCUGAUGGGAGCUUUGUGUGAUUAAUCCUGGGGUCUGUCAGUUUGUCCAUUUGUCCUUCUGCCAGCCCCUUGUCUCAUGGGGUGUCUUUCCCUGGGUAUAGCCUUGCUCGUUAGUAUAUAUCAAGUUCCCUCAUGCUUUCCCUGCCAAAAUAUUCUCUUUCCCAUUUCUGAGAUGAGCUUUUGCCCCUGUGCUCUGCCUCAUCAGGUGCACCUUUUUAUGAAGACCUGGUAGCAGAAGGAAUUGUUAUGUGGUGUUUCCCUGCUGUCCCAGCCCCCUUCCUGUGGGUCUGGAGUGUAGCCUGUAACGUUUGACAAUGGGGCAACGAAAACACAAGAGGUGACCCUGUCCCAUGGUUUCAGUCAUUUUUGCUGCCACCCUUUUAAUGUCAGAGGCUUGCUGCCUGUAACAGGCAUCCAGCAGGUUACACUACACUCAGUGUUGCCAAGGGUAGCACCCUCCCCUCUGAGCGUAGGGCCACUGUCAUUAUUGCUUGACAUGUCCCUGAUUUGGCAUUAAAGGUAAGCCUGCCAGCCUUGUGUCUGUGAGAGCCAUUGGUAAUUGAUGGACUAAUUUCCCAGUUCUUAGAGAUGCAGCCUCAAAAAUGGGCUCCUUUAUGGAGUCCAAUCUCUUGGUUUUCUGACCCCGGUGCCAGUGGUGGGCAGGUUCCCAUUGCUUGGAGCUGGGAGGUGAAGUUUUACCUGUCUGUGAGCAAAACAACUCUUCUCUCCUGUAUCAUUCUGCGGCUUCAGCCAUGGGGCAGCAGCUCUUCUUUAGUGUAGAUAGCCUUCCCUGGGAGAAUAGAGGAUAAGACAAAGGCUAUGGGGCCGCUGGAGACUGCUUAGGGAUGUACUGUGUCUCCCAGGUUCCCAGAGUCUAGGAGCAGAUGCUGCCCCAUUGCUGCUGCUCACAGCAAAAGGAGGCGGUACCCACUUACACUCAGUAUCCUCCUGGCACUAAAAAGAGUAGAAGGGCUGGGAUUCCUGCUUCUCCCCUAGGGAGGGGCCCUACUUUUCAGCACUUUUGAUACCUGGAGACCCAGCCUUGUUAAUCUGAUGUGUGGUGGCAAAUGUGUGUAUAUACACAUUUUCUACCACUGUUCUUUCUCCUGUCCCAGGCUAGAGCCCAGUCCCUGCCUUCCCAGCCCCAAAUUGGGACCAAAGUGCAACUCGGGAUCAUAGGUUGGGGAGCUCAGGUCACCCCUCUCUGUAUAUUUUGGGGCCAAGCUGACACCAGUCCCCUGGUGGUGGGGAUCGGGGAGAGUGGCAUUGGGCGGGUGGUGCUUAAAGAGGAAGGGGACCAGUGUAGCAAUUUGCCGGGAACUCCACCUCUUCCUUUCUGGGCUAGUGCAAUGCGUGCGGGGAUCCCACCUAGGGGCCAGGGACCUGGGCUAGUUCCGUAGCUGUUGCUCACGCGCUCAUACCUGGCCACGUGCAUAUUCCCUGGAUGCAGAUUGCUUUGGACUUUACUGCUGUACAAUUUGGUAUGUUUAUGCCCAUUUGAAAACUUCUAAUGAGAAAAAAAUACGGAGAACCCUGGGAAGGACCUGGUUCCUUUGCUUCUUGGGGGAGAAUAUAAGCUCUCACAUUUGGGAAAUCGCUCUCUGCUCCUCUGGAAGCUAAGCCUGUUCACCAUUCCCGGUUCCCCACCCCCGCUGCCGGCCUGCGCCCAGGUAGUAUAUGUGGCUUUGGUCGGGUUUCGGCACAGUUGCGUUUUCUCCAGACCUUGAGUGUGGGGAGGAAGUGCUCAGGCCGAGCUCAUCCCUUUCUGUACACCCAGCGCUGCCCGCCCCGCUUGUGUCUGAGGUCAUUUAUGUCAAAAUAAAACCGCUAGAAACUGAAGUUUAUUUGGGUCUUUUUGAAAAUCCAACAACUUCCGGGUGGACCGGCCAAGUACAACUGACAGCCCCCCCCAACUUCAUGGCUCCCCUUCCUUCCGCCCCACCUUGAGCCGGAUCAGAGGGGGCGGGGCCCUGGGUAGCGAGGUGGAGCCGGAAGCGGCUGGCUCGCGGCAAACCAGGCUCCAGUAGCGAGCUAAGUCUAACCCUUGGCGCCAGUUCCGCCUUUGGAUCUACCAAUGGGCAGCUGACCCGCAGGUUCAGUCCCGGUCCCCAUGGCAGCCUGGCGCGUUCGGGUUCUUAUUGGCUACGUCCGCAGCAGCGCCGCGCCCAGAGCUGCGGCAACGGCGACCGUGCCACGUAGAACGCAGUGGAUUGGCCUACUAGGAUUACGUCACUGUCCGCGCCGGGUUCAGCCGGAGUUCCAGGCCAGCCGCCCUCCAACACGCGUCGUGUCCUGGGUUCUGGCGGCCGGGGUACGGGGUCCGGCAUCCGGGCAGACUAGGAAGACGAGCCGGAACCAGAGUCGGUCAGUCUAGCUGGUAAAGGGUGCGUGCAGGGCACCGCGAAGGGAGUGCGCGACAGGGGUUGGCCAGGCGGGCUGCUGGCAUCUCUGGAGUUUGGGAAUCAUUCCCGUCGUUCGCAGGCGCAAUGAAGGCACUGAUCUUGGUGGGCGGCUACGGGACGCGGCUGCGGCCGCUGACGCUGAGCACCCCGAAGCCACUGGUGGACUUCUGCAAUAAGCCCAUCUUGCUACACCAAGUGGAGGCGCUUGCAGCGGCAGGCGUAGACCACGUGAUCCUGGCUGUGAGCUACAUGUCACAGGUGCUGGAGAAGGAAAUGAAGGCACAGGAGCAGAGGCUGGGAAUCCGAAUCUCAAUGUCCCAUGAAGAGGAGCCUUUGGGGACAGCUGGGCCCUUGGCACUGGCCAGAGACCUGCUCUCUGAGACUGCAGACCCAUUCUUCGUCCUCAACAGUGAUGUCAUCUGUGAUUUUCCCUUCCAAGCCAUGGUGCAGUUCCAUCAGCACCAUGGUCAGGAGGGCUCCAUUCUGGUGACCAAGGUGGAGGAGCCUUCCAAGUAUGGAGUGGUGGUAUGUGAAGCUGAAACGGGCCGCAUUCACCGGUUUGUGGAGAAGCCGCAGGUGUUUGUGUCCAGCAAGAUCAACGCAGGCAUGUACAUCCUGAGCCCUGCUGUGCUGCGGCGCAUCAAGCUGCAGCCUACGUCCAUUGAGAAGGAGGUCUUCCCAGUUAUGGCCAAGGAGGGGCAGCUAUAUGCCAUGGAGCUGCAGGGCUUCUGGAUGGACAUUGGACAGCCCAAGGACUUCCUCACUGGCAUGUGCCUCUUUCUGCAGUCACUGAGGCAGAAGCAACCAGAGAGACUAUGCUCAGGCCCUGGCAUUGUGGGCAACGUGCUUGUGGACCCAAGUGCCCGUAUUGGCCAGAACUGCAGUAUUGGCCCCAAUGUGAGCCUGGGUCCUGGUGUGGUGGUGGAGGAUGGUGUGUGCAUACGGCGGUGCACAGUGCUGCGGGAUGCCCACAUCCGCUCCCACUCCUGGCUGGAGUCCUGCAUUGUGGGCUGGCGCUGUCGUGUGGGCCAGUGGGUGCGCAUGGAGAAUGUCACAGUGCUGGGUGAGGAUGUCAUAGUUAAUGACGAGCUCUACCUCAAUGGAGCCAGUGUGCUGCCCCACAAGUCUAUUGGAGAAUCUGUGCCGGAGCCUCGCAUCAUUAUGUGAGAGAACUGUGGGGCUGGCUGAGCCCGUUUCUCCAUCAUCAAGGGGAGCACUGGUUUGACACAUCAGAAUGCCCUGGACUUGGUGCCAUUUGUCUGGGGAGGACUGGAUGAGGCUGAAGCUGUUGGACACCUGCCUUCUCAUGGACAUAAACUGGCAGGAUCCCUGCUCGGCAUACUCGACAAAAUCCAUUCCCUCAAGAAGGGCCAGGGGCCAGGGCUGUAUGGAAUAAUAAUUUAAUGGUCACCA